AUGGAAGAAAAACUACAGGUCAAGACAACUUUGGGUUCCAAGUUGCCGAAGUAUGGAACAAAAUCUAUAGGCAGUGCCCUACAAUCAGUGCCGAAUGGGACAGCUGUUAAUUUAUCGGGAAAUUCUACAAAUAGCAGUGGCAAAAAUUUUGUUAAGCACAAUGGCUCUAUUAAUAUGUCUUCCUAUUCUUUUAACUGGAGAAAGUCAAAUAAAUACCAACUCAGUGAGCAAAAUACUAGGGACUCUCACUCUAACCAUAAUUCAUAUGACAAACUAGUUGACCCUGAAAAACAUGUUAAUGAUCAAGGAACAUUUGGUAAAAGUGGAUUAAAGAGAGAUUUGAAGAGUGUCUCUUUAAUUACAUCAAAGAUAGCAAAACCAUCAAACAUGUUUGUUUCAUCUUCAGAGGAGUUAAACCAAAAGACUUUGUGUGGACUAUCUAGUUCAGGUAAAUUCACCAAAGCCUCAUUAUUAGGAAGGACUUCAUAUUCUUCACUUAGUGCUCCAAAAUCACAGUUAAAUGGAUUUUAUGGAAACAGACCAACUAUUAGUAUGCAGAGGCCUAGAGCAAACUCCUGUACUACGAGGAACAGUUCUGGAGAAAGUUUAGCACAGUCUCCAGACAAUAUUAAAUCCUUUUCCUGUGAAAAAAUAGUACGGUCACAAAGUUUUUCACAUUCCGUUCAGAAGUCUUUCCUUCCACUUUCAUCCAUAACUAGAUCACAUUCCUUUAAUAGGGCUGCAGAUCUUACAAGGCCUUAUCAGAACCAACAGUUAUCCAUUAGAGUACCUCCAAGGUCAAAUAUGCAGUCAAAAAAUGUAAAAUCAGAGGUACUCAAUAGAAAUGAACACUUAGCAUUUGGAUUUAAUAGAUCCUAUGCUGCUCUAUCAGGCUCUGGUUUAAAGAAAUCAACUUUACCAAAUGGCUCAGGGGUGACAUCUUUUGAUUAUAGACUGGGUCGAGCCUCUCUACUGAACUCAAGCAGAUCACAGUUUACUGGGAAGAUUUUAGUGGAUGAUAAUAAAAAUUCAACUGAUGACAAAUGCAUAUUGGAAGAUUCCUCAGUAUUGGCUAAUGAUGUAGCUAUUGAGAAGGAAGACGAUUCAAUUGAAAAUUAUAGUUCUAGAACAGAAAGUAGCCAGGGCAUAAAUGAUAACAUGCUGGAAGAUGAUGCAAAAGUCAGAUACCUGAGUGAUGAUGUGGAUGAAAUAUCCCUUUCAUCUUUGUCUUCUUCUGAUAAGAAUGAUUUAAGUGAAGACUUUAGUGAUGAUUUUGUAGAUAUAGAAGACUCAAAUAGAACUAGAGUAACACCGGAGGAAAUCUCACUCAAAGAGGAAAAACUUAGAAAUGUUCCACGAGUGGAUCCAUUUGAUUCUUUGAAAGAAAGUGAAAAACCCUUUGGUAAAACUGAUGAAUGGAUAGAUAUCAGUGUUCCAGACAAGAGUGAAUGCACUAAGCGUACUACAGGGAAUACUUUGAUUUCUCCAGACAUGGAUUACAGAGCUGGUUCUUCAUUUGAGCUCUCCCCAUCUGAUAGCUCCGAUGGAACAUACAUGUGGGAUGAAGAGGGUUUGGAGCCCAUUGGAAGUGUCCAUCCAUGUGGAAGUUAUGAAUCUUCAGAAAUGAACAGCAUAGAUAUCCUGAAUAAUCUUGACUCAUGUGACCUUGAAGAUGAUGAUCUCAUGCUUGAUGUGGACCUGCCUGAGGAUGCACCUCUUGAAAAUGUGGAGUGUGAGAAUAUGAACCGCUUUGAUGGAUCGGACAGAAAUGUUCGACAGCAUCAGGAAGGCUUUUGGAAAAGGCCGCCCCAGAGAUGGAGUGGCCAAGAACACUACCGCCUGAGCCACAGUGACAGCUAUCAUCAACAUGGGAAAAUGGACCUGAGCAGAGGAUCUCCCUAUAGGGAUUCUCCUCUGAGUCAUUUUGAAAGCUACAGGGGAAGCAGUCUUUACCAGGGUCCUCGAAUGUUGGUAGAUGUACCUGAACACGCUGUGAUGCUGGAUGAAAUGACUCUUCGGCACAUGGUCCAGGACUGCACGGCUGUAAAAACCCAAUUACUUAAGCUGAAACGUCUGCUACAUCAGAAUGAUGGGAAUUGCACACAAGAUAUUCAGAUAUCAUUGCCGUCAAGUCCAGAACCAGAACCAGAGGAUAGGGAUCAGAUAUAUAAGAAUGAAGAUCUGUUAAAUGAGAUAAAACUCCUUAGAGAAGAAUUAAAGAAGAAGGAUGAAAAAAUCCAGCAAUUGGAGCAGCAGCUUGCCACUAGGUGUAAAUGCCACCAGAAUUCUAAAGGGGAGAAGUGCACAUAUGCUGAUAAAUACACACAGACAUCUUGGAGAAGAAUUUCUCCUCAAGUACUACAGCCUUCCAGCAACCUUCCCAGGCCCACAGACCACGCCCAGGGAAAGCUAAUAAAGCCACAACACAUCGUGGCCCACAGUGAAAAUCCUCUUGUGGGCUUACAUCAGAAUAUUGAACAUCUAAAUGAAAAUUUUGCAGAUGGUCAUCAACAAAAGAAUGAUUAUGGCCUCAAAGAACUGUCCCAGUCAUUAAAAUCACCGUUAAUUAUGAAGGAACUUGCUAAGAAAAUACCUUCUGAAGAACUCCUGAGUAUAACAGGGAAAGUUUCAAAGCCUAAUCAGCUGACUAGUAAUAAAACAAGUGAACUAGAAUCUGCACCCUCAUUCCAAAUGAGUACAGGAGAAGACCAAGUGAAAAAAGCUGUGAAAAAUCAGCCUUUGCCCACAGCUGGUACUACCCAUUCAAAGGCCUUGCAGCUUCAAAAGCCAUCCAUUGAUAAUUCUGAAUCAUCUCAAGAUAGACCAACAGCUUGCAAUAAUACAUCAGAGUUAACAACAUGUAAUCCAGCAAAACUUCAAACUGCAAGUCAGACAAGCUUAAUAAGUAAUAAGUCAAAUCAGAAAGCUUCUAAACUUCGCCCACCCUCAGUCUCCUCUUUUAAACAGAAGCAAAUAAGCAGUCCAAGACAAGAGUCUCAGAACUUCCAAGGCAAGACAAGCAUCCCAAGGCCACUAACACAAAGAAAAGAGAUCAUUCAACAUCAAACUGCCAAUUUCUACUCUGGGGAUUGUUUGACCUCUAAACGGUAUUCUCGUCUCCCUAAGCCAAAGAUACAUUAAGGAAUUAAUCAUCACCUGCCCAUUUCUUUGGAAAGAUUUGUUCAUUCUUUAAUUGUUUUCCAUACAUCUGAUUCCCAUGGAGAAGGCACUAUUAAAAAGCCUGCAAGUCUUGAAUAUUAAAACUUAAAAGCUUCAGUUAGUUGGCUAUUCAGUUCCAUAACCUAGUUGAAGCCUAUGCUGUCUGAACAUUCAUUGCCUCAGGUAAACACAGAUGUUUGCUUAUCCAUCUCAAAAACCUGCAGAAAGAACUUCAGUUUGUCAUUCCCACUAGAAAAUUGAUGCUUUAUCACAAUAUUUCACUAAACAAAUAUUCAAUGUUUAUGGUUUGUUGAUAUAGCCCUUUUUAUAAUUCUUAUUAAUCAUGAUUAUUAAAAAUAUGAGGGUUUUUUUUUGUUUAUCCCAACCUUGAAUAUAACUCCUGUUAAAAGGUUAGAGAUGUUUAAAAGGUGGAAAUGCACAUCUCUAAGCAGAUUAUUGGCUGGUACUCUGACUCUUCAUUUCAGAAGCCUAUGCGAAACCUCUAUGGUCAUCUAAAGAACACUCACUUUCGGCAGGUUAUUAGUGUAUGUGAUGUUUUUUUGUUGCAAAAAUCAAAAAAUCUUUUGAUUGGCUCAUCUUCCUUGGCCUUCUCUGGGUAUCAGGCAUAUCUACCAGGCCAAAGGGCCACAUAUUAUGUGUAAACAUCUAUGCAUUGCUCUCCCAUCCCAUUGGCAGAAUUUUAUGUUCAGUUGAUGUUGUCACUGGGUAAAUUUUGGAAAUGGAGCUGAAUAUGCAUCUAUUUGCAAAACGUGAUAGUACUAAGAGUUUUGCUGGUGAUUGAAUCUUGAACUUAAAAGGUUAAGGAUUCAUGAUACCUGUGUAUAAGGUUCUACAUAAUAUAUUUUAAAUUAGGUCUUUUAACUUUAUUGUAAUAUUUGUAUUUAUUGACUUUCUGCUAAUAUCAGAAGAAUCUGAAGUACCUGACUUGAAAUGUUUGCACAAAACUUUGAUGUAUGUAUAGGGAUUUAAAACUAUUUUGCAUAAUAAAACUUGUGUUUAAUAAGGAAUAUUUUGAAAAAAAAAUCACAAUUUGCUUUAAGCAAGCCCAUGAUGUCACAAGAAGAGCUGGUACUCUUUAAGAGCUUUGUUUUUGCUUUUCUAUGCUUUUUAGCUUUCUUCUUUGUGUGGGGGUGUGCGCAUGAGGGACAAAUUCAUUGAAAGGCAGUUAGAGACUGAGGAGGAUUCAUUCAAGAACUAGAGAUGGGGAGGGAAGAGUCUUUUACUAAACUUUGAUAGAUGCUCUCAUUUACUUUUUUCUUUUUUUCACAAGGCAGCUGUGAGACCAUGAAGUUAGUGCAUGCCCAGAUCUAGUGGUAUGUGCUUGUCAUAAGGCUACAGAUUUCCUCUUGUAUUUCCCCAGUAAUGGCAUCAGUCUGGAGUAGUAGUUUCUAAGAGAGGUAACCAUUGCAAACUGCUGUGGAUGGCCAGAAACAUUAGGCCAGAUUUUUUUUACAUUUGUUUGUUUUGUAACUGCUGACCACUAAUUAAAGGAAACCUGGCCAAGAAGAAGAAUCUAUAAUCCUUUAAGAAUAAAAUAGGCAAACAUUUGGCAUUUGUAUGACUUGAAAUUAUAAAAUACUAUUUGCUCUCAUGCUUGCUAACUCAUUUUUCAUUCUGAAUUGUCAGAAAACCAUUCAUGUGCACAUAUUUGAUGGUAUAUGAGCCACGUGUAUUUAGGCCUUCCUAAAGGAUACAUACAUACAAAGCCCCUCAAAAAUGGGUUUACUUUUGCCAUAAAUUCUAACUGAGAAACAUCAGUAUAACAACAGGUUCCUCAUAUAGUAUCCAUUAUGAUCACUUUAGUGUAACCAGACCUAUCAACAAAGCACCUUAAUGUUCAUUAAUGGAGACAGGCUCUUGUGGCUUAAAGUCUGAAAUAGAUUGGUCCUUUUCCUUUAUGAAUGUUAAAAAUAAUUGUGUAGGUGCAGAUGACUUUAAAAGCAUUGAUUAGAACAUUAGGUAAUUAAAUCUUUUUAGAAUGCUUCAAAUGAUAUUGCUGAAGCCCAUUUGCAUUUUUCUUUUCAUUAUUUUCAUUUGUGCAAUAUUUUCAGGAGAAUGAGACUACUCAAUGUAUUUGAAUAGGGAUGAGAGCCUUUAUUAAUUAUUUUAACGAGUGAAAAAAUACAAGGAAAAAAAUCAGAUUUGCACUUUAAAUGAGCUUUAUUGCUUAGAGUUGUGCCUAAAAUAAUCAAAAAGCCUCUUGUUGUGUGUGACUAUAUUUGUUUGUUUGAAAUAAAUCUCCCUGUAAUUGUUGCUGUUUGAAGGCAUCUGUACAGCACUGAACAAAGCUAUUAUACCACCUUGCAUGUCACUUUUUCCUACAUUUUAUUUGUAUGCUCCUUUGCUUUUCCAUGUUUUUGAUCUGAUACCAUACCACAGAGUCUUUUUCUUUCCUCUAACUGCCACUUACAUGGUCCCAUAGUCUAGUAUGCUACAGACUGGAUGUAUAAUCUCAAUUUGGGAGCAUAGUAGCCUUCAUUUUCUUGCUUUCUUGUUCACUAGGAAUGUUCUAAACAUGAUUGAAAUGAGAACCAAUAAGUCUGUACAAGUUCACAAUUUUUCAUGCUGCUAAAGGGGUUGGAUUCUUUGGGGGCAGAUACAGUGGCAUGCAUGUAUGUUCCAUAAACAAAUUCUGAAAUUCCUUAUGGAUGUAAUCACAUCGGUAUGAAGGGGGAUUGGAAGAAAGCACGUCAUAUUUUCUCAAUUCUCAUGCUCAAAAGUGCAUUUUCAAAUAGACCUUCCAUAUCUUUUGUUUCAUUUCAGUGUGGCAGCAUGAGUCUUUCUUGAUAUAUCACAAAAAGCUCAAAUUUUAAAAUAAUCUAAAUUUUGUCAUUAAAGAAACAUGCAGUACAGGAACCAUCACUGCUGUGAUGAAGCUGCUUCACUGCCUCCAUAGAUGUCAAAUUGUCACAAUAAGAACAGAAUGUCAAAUCCAAUAACAUUCUAUUAUUUAAAGUCUUAAGUUCAAUGUUAGCUCUAAGACAAAAAUAUAACCAUUAAUACCUUCAGUGUUGUUUCCCCCAUUGUCUUUU